AUGGCAGCCAAGCUCGAUGUCGCCUUCUACCCGCACAUCUUCGACCAGAUUCUAGCGUCGUGCGACGACACAUCUCUCCGCGCACUCCGAGCGACCUGUCGCCGUGUCCAAUCUCACAUCGACUCUCAGCUUCAGCGACACGUAGUCCACAACGCCUACGGUCGAGCUUGGGGCGGUCCGGAAGCCUACUCCCACCGCAGUGGUGUGUUUCGCUCAUCCUGGGGCUCGCCAGACGUCCUGGACAUCCUGCACUGGAACGAGGGCUUGUUCCCCGACCCUGGGGAACGGGACGGAGCGAAAGCCAAGAUCAAAGCCGAGGCGAUCGAGAACGAGGGUAAACUGGCGUGGUGGCGUAAUGCUCGUCUAGUGCGCCUGUUUCCAGACGAAGACGUUAUUCCGUACUCGAGGAAGGCGAUGGUGGUCCGUUUCGUCGCCGACCCGCGGUUACCUUCCUCCGGUCCAGCUGGGCAGAUCCGAGGUGUGAAGAGCGUUUGGCUAUCACUCUCUCAGCCGCCCUUUAUCGGGGCGCACGAUGAGCCCCCACCACCCGACAAAGAGGUCCAGCCCGAACCCCGCUUCAUUCUGAACUUCGCCUACCACCUGAACGAGUUCCCGCGUAUUUCGGUGCGCCGCAGCGCCGAGGACGGACCACCGGAAUCACAGUUCAAGUUGUGUGUUGUCGUGUUCACACCGGGUGGCGAGGAAGAGGACGACAUGGUGCGAGCCAACGAGAGGGCUUGGGAGGAAUGGAAGCGCGAGAUGGAACAGGAAGAGGCGGAGGCGAGGGGGAAUGCGCAGAUGGAUGAGCAGGCCAUCGCCGUAUUGAUGGCUGAUGAAGCGGGAGAAGCGCAGGCAGAGGAGACGGAGUGGGUCACGACGGACGGCGAGACCGACGAGGAUUCCGAGGAGGACGACGGCGACGGCGACGGCGAUGAGAGCGGACAACACGAUGAGGUCACGCAAGGAAGCCCGGAGCCUCCGAUCGACGAGGAAGAGUUAGCCGCCGAGCAGGCCGAGCUCGACCUUGUCUACCAGCCGCCUCCUCCGGAACCCGAGGUCGCCCCUACGCCCGCAGUGCCCUCUGAAACUCUCCAUGGCUCAAGGAAUGGCGCCACCGUACCCGCGCCCCUUCCCCCGGUGCCACCGGGCAAAGAACACAUCAAGCUCACCUCAAUGCGAGCGUUUUGGGGCCUGCUCCGUUUCUUCGACGCCUACACCAUGGGUCCAUGUGAGGGCCACGGCCUACAGGGGGACUGGCACGAGAUGGAACGCUGUUCCCGUGUUCCCAGCUUGCUGUCGUACAUCUUUGUCGGGACUGAGCGCUGGAUCUUUGACCUGACCAACGUGGCCGACGACGUACCGCCCGACGAAGGAGUCGAGUUCGAUACGGCGGCGUGGGUCGCUGACGUGGACGCGCUCCGUGCCGAGCGCCCAGACACGCCUGAUUUCCAGCUCAUGGUUGAGGCGGGGCUGGCACGGUGGUACGAGCCGAGUCAGGCAGAGGUGUACAACGAUGUGCUCGACCAUGUCUUCUACGAGACGGACGCCGGGUUUCGGAGUCGGUACCAGGGCGAGAACUACGAUCUGAUCAUGAGCCGCUGA